GCGAAAAAUAAUUAUACAAGUUGGCAGUCACAUAUAUUAUGGCGUCUAUAUUUUAAAUUACGAGAACAGUAAUAUUUAUCUAACAAAACAAAAUGAAUAAUAAGAAAGCAAGAAGUUCGCUUAAGAAAGUGUCGAAACUGCCAGAUGAAGAGGCUGAUCAUGUACGGACAAAGCGUCGCAUCAGUUUCAGCGGCAAAAAGUUUAUACGAGAAUUUGAUACAACAGAAAAAGCGCGAGACUAUGACAACUCAUAUGAAAUAUCAGAUCACACCAAUGGAGAGGACAGCUCCGGGCACUCCCAUGGCACAGUAGCAGCGUCUGUUUUGCAAAGUACAGCACAUCUCUAUGUGGCCGAUGAGACGGAUAAGGAAAAUGCAUCUCCCGAAGGUCUCAUAGCUGCCGUCAACAGUGCAUCAGUAUUGGAGCAGAAUUCGCGAUUCAGCGAUUUCACAUUCAAAUUGCAGACAAGCAUCAAUGUGACGCUGCUGCCGGAUGAACUAAACCGAAACCGGCGUCGCAAUGAAUCGCCACCCCGAUUGGAGCAAACGGUCAGUGACAGUUUAUCUUUGAAUGAAAUAGAACGUGAGAAGCUGAGAGAAAAUAGUGUAUACAAAAUGACAGUUUUAGAAAAAACUGUGGAUCUUAUGCCAGAAACGUUAGCUUAUGCUGGGUUGCAGCCAAACCAUAUCGAAAAAGUCAACAUGCAAAAAACUACUAUAAUGUCUACAGACAUAAGUGUUUUACCUGAAAAGCAAACUGAAGUGAAGCAAAAGACAAUGGUAUUUGAGAACAAAGAUAUAACGUGUGACUUUAGUGAUAUUGAGCCAAAAGGGAUGAUUGAAGAUGUGCCGAAGGCAACUCAAGAGACUCAAGAGAAUUUAUCUAUGGAUAUGGCAGAACAAGACUAUAUUAACUAUUUGGCAGAUGAUUCAACGUUGUCAUCGCCUUUAAUUCCAUUAGACGUCAUUUCAGAGAACGGCAUUAGCAAGAAACUGAACUUUCGGCAAUUGAACGAUGCAUUGAAUUCUGGCCGCAUACAGCUAUUUCCCAAUGGUCCAAGAACUCCAACUACUGAUCGCAAAGGCAAUCAGCGUUUCUGGCAUGGAUUGGAACAGCAACCCAUGGAAGAGGAAGUUCCAGAUAAAGUAAUGAUCAAGCCGCGCGGAACACUCAAUUUCAAUGAGAGCAUGAUGAUGUCGCCCGCCGUUCCACAAAAGUCCGAAACAAAAGCAGACCAUGCAGAGCAACAUGUGAACGCGAAGACCUCCCUCAAUGCUAAGCGCAAUUAUCGUUUCUCUCAGGCAGACGAAUUAAUGCUGGAUAACACAAAUUUUCUAGUUAAUGCCAAAAUGGGCGAUGAAACACACUCACGAAAUAACUCCAAGUGUUCAUCGCGGCGUGAAACAACAUACGAUAAUACUGCCAUGGAAUUGGAUGACCUAGAGAAGCAUGAGGCAGCGGUUGCAGCAGCUCUGGAAGGUGCAAAACUUAAGCAAACCAUGCAUGAGCCAAUGGAGCAAGAUCAUUUCUUAAGCCCCUGCAAAAAUGUGAAGAACAAUUUGACGACGCCAGCUGUGGCUCAACAAUCCAAUCAAACACAUUUAAGUUCUCAGGAAGCAGUCGUAGCUCAACACCGCACCAAGUCAAGGCCAACAUUGCUCAUGGCUGAGCCCAUUGAAGAGGAUGAGGCUAAACCAAAUUCCGAGUCUUCAGCUUCUAAAACAAAAUUCAAUGUUCGCAGGCAAACAUUGCAUUUGGCAGAGGCCAUGGAUGAAGAUCUUGAAAUGCCAAAGCUGGAAUUGCAAUCAAAUGCAAUCAAUAAUCGUCAGCAGACAUUACAUAUGGCUGAUUUCAUGGACGAAGAUUCGUUUUGCUCAAAGAAAGAAAUUGAUGCUGCUUCUAUGAAACCCAAUUCCAAAAAGCAAAGGCAAACAUUGCACAUGUCUGAGCCAAUUGAUGAAGAGAGCGUAAGGCCACAAAAGGAAUCACAGGCAAUGCCCGUUGUUGACAAGGAUUCCAGCAGACGUAGGCAAUCUAUACACUUACCCGAACCAAUUGAAGAGGACUCAUUUUGUGUGCCAACUUCUGCACCAAGGGAAGUGCAUCAGAACAAGAACAGACACACAAUGCACAUGUCCGAGCAGAUUGAAACGGAUUACGUACAGUCACGGAUUACAGCUUCUGCAGAAAUUGUACAUCAGUACACUAGACAUCGACAGACAUUGGUCUUGUCUGAAUCCAUUGAAGAAGUUGCUGUUCAGCCGCAAAGAGAGGAACCAUUAAAGCCAAAAUCCAAUGCAGGGGCACCGGAGGGCACCAGGCGUAGGCAAACAAUGCAUCUGUCUGAUCCAAUUGAAGAAGAUUCCUUUUGCUCAACAUCCACGUCUGCCGAACAACAUAGGGAAACAUUACAGAGGAAUAAGAAAGAUGAUGUAAAACCUCAAGAAGUGAAGUCAAAGUCAGCACCUGCUGAGGCAGACUCUCAAUAUAAUAGACGCAGACAAACUUUACAUCUGGCUGAUCCAAUUGAAGACGAUUCAAUGUGCUCAACAUCCGCAGCUACCAAGCAAAGCAAGGAAACCAAUAGACGCAGGCAGACUUUACAUCACACUGAUGACAUUGAAGAAGAUCCCUUCUGCUCAACAUCCACAGCUGGCAAACAGCAUAACAUUGAUGGAGGCAAUCGACGUAGACAAACAUUACUUCAGGAAGAUCCCAUUGAAGAAGAUCCAAUCUGCUCAAGAUUACAAACUGAAAAGUCAGUUCAUGCAGCUAAGUUGAAUCUACAAUACAAUCGACGUAGACAAACAUUACACGUAGAUGAUCCCAUAGAAGAAGACUCCUUCAGCCUAAAAUCCACAUCAGCCCAUCAGCAUAAGCAUAAUUUACAGAGAGAUGCCACCAUGAAGGAAGAGAAGUUAAAGCAUGAAGUAACUGUCAAACAACAAUCUGCAGCUAACUUGCAAUGCGUCCAACGUAGACAAACAUUGCAUCUAGCUGAACCCAUUGAAGAAGAUUCAAUCUGCUCCAUAUCCGGUGCCCCCAAGCAGCAAUGGGAGGAAUGCAAUCGCCGUAGGCAAACUGUACAUCACGCAGACCCCAUCGAAGAGGAUCAAUUCGAUUCGACAGUCCCUGCUGCCAAUCAGCAUAGACAUCAACUACGAGGAGUCGAGAUAGUUGAGCAAGCAGACAAAGAGGCAACAUCAGCUGCCUCUCUUGUUGAUAGGCGUAGGAAAACCAUUACACAGGCUGACCCCAUUGCAGAAGAUUCCUUUAAUUUAACAUCGCUCUCUGAAAAUCUGCAUAAGCAAAAUUUACAAAGAGAUGCUCCAAUUGAGGAAGGUAUAUUGGAAUCUAAGAAUGAAAUGAAGCAAACCGUUAGCCUUAAAUGCAAUAAUCGUAGACAAACAACUCACGUGGCUAAUCCCAUCGAAGAAGAUUCCUUCAAUUUAGCACCACCCUCAGAUAAUCUACAUAAGCAUAAUUUACAAAGAGAUGUGCCAAGUAAACAGAAUGCUCCUGAAUACAAUACCCGUAGACAGACAACUCACCUGGCUGAUCCCAUCGAAGAAGAUUCCUUCAAUUUAGCACCUUCUGAGAAUUUACAUAAGCAUAAUUUGCAGGGAGAUGCGCCAAGUAAGCAGAAUGCUCCUAAGGUUGACCUGAAAUACAGUAACCGUAGACAGACGACUCACCUGGCUGAUCCCAUUGAAGAAGAUUCUUUCUGCUCAACAUCCAACGCUGUCUAUCAGCAGCAAGGGAAUGCGGGAAUUGAGAAGGAUAUCUUAAAGAUGGAGAAGGAAGUAAAGCAGUCACAUCGGCCUAGGCAAACGUUGCAUGUGGUUGAUCCCAUGGAGGAAGACUCUUUCUGUUCAAAGUCAACCGUUGGGUCCAAAGGCAAUCACUUCAGCAAAUAUAGAGCAACAAUGCUGACCACAGAAGCCAUCGAUGUCGAUCAGAAUUUAUCUCCCACACAUACAGUUGCUCCAGCUAAAAAAGAAAGCAUCAGACAUAGACAAACUCUACUCAUGACGGAGUCCAUUCUGGAGGAGGAUAAAGCAAACGCAAACAACGACAGCAACUGCAAGCAGUUGCCCAGCGAAACAUUAAAUCUAAGUGAAGCCCUUGACGAAGUCAAGUCAUCAAAGGAGGCUGCCCAAAGCCAGCGCUUGGCAAGCAAACCAAGGCAGACACAAUACCAAGAGGAAGCCAUGGAUGUGGAGAUGUCAAAUAUGGAGUGCACUGAGCAGCGCGCCAGCAGACCCAAGCCCAAACUGAGGGAAGCUGUGCUGAGGAACGAUCUCUUACGUAAAACUCUGGAUAAAGAAAACGUUUUUAUCAGCUCCAGCUUCGAAACGCCUGAAAUGAAAAAGAAGCGUCAGAUGUUUGCCCUCACACCAGGUCGAUCAAUGAUUGAAUUCGAAGACUUGGAGGAGGAUUGCAAGAUCAAGACUCCAGCUGGAAAAACUGCUUGCCGAUCCAUAUACCAGGCGAUGGACAUGGAGCUAGACAUGGACACAUCAAACUACGCCACGCCCGAGAAGAAAACUUCGUUCAAUGUGAAACGCCUGCCAAUACAUUUGACACCCAAUUUGCCGGAACCGAAGAAGCGCAACCUGCAGCUGCAUCUGGACAUGGAGGAGGAGAAUAUCUCGCAGCCUGAACUGGAAACAUCAGAGCAACAAGUGGAGGAAUUGGAAUAUCCAACGAAUAGGUCACGCAUUCCCGUUUUGUGCAAAAGCUUGAAUUCGCCUUGGCGUGAAACGGAGCAGCUGGAUGGCACCGUGCAGAUGGUUAGAGCACAAAUGAUUCGCCAAACGGGUAGCCACGGAAUGGCAAUUCCACACUUCAUGGAGCAUAAAAUGAACAAAGAUGCAACGGUCUAUGAAGAUAAUCCCAUUACCAUAUCUGAUGUGUCGAACCAUUUCAAGUCACAGCGAGAGUUGGCCAAGAACUUAGCUGAGCAGCGCCAGCAACCCAAGGAGACAUCCAUUGAGAGUCGCAACUCGAAUGAGCUCAGCAAUAAGAGCUACGCUACGGCCCAUAAGAAGUUCAUAAAUCUAAGUGGUGAUACCAUAAUCUUUAACAAUAUGGAUGAUCUUAGCGAUAAGUCGGACAAUUGUGAAAUUGACAAGACACGACUCAGUCUGGUGUCGACCUUGCUGGACGAGGCGGACGACGAGCAAAUCCGAGCAGCUAACAGCAGCCACAUUGACUUGGUGAACAAUGAGACAUGCCUUGGGCAGCUCGAUCCGCCAGUCGUGGCUGGAGCUGAGGAUGCGUGCAAGAAGUGCAAACAUUGCCGGCGGUCCAUGGACAGAACGAGGACACGUAGGAGCGCUGAAGAGACAUUUGAGUUGCCCGUUUGGCCGGACCUGGGCGUGCAACUUGAGCGUCUAAAGCGUCUGCGACAAAAGCCACGCAUAUCAGAUGUCCACAAAUAUUGGGAGCUCAAGAAACUGGAAAAUAAUUCCGAUGAUGACGAGCACGAGGAGACGGAAACGGAAUGCGAUUCACGUAACACAAGUCGCUUAAGCUUGCUGCAAAUGCAGGAGAUGUUCAACAGCAAGUGGGAGGAAUACGCACAAAGCUUGCCCCAGCCCAAGCCAGCGGAAACGUUUGCAAAGUGCUUAAAAACAGCAUUGCAUGCUGAGCUGCCCAAUUGGAUAUUUGAUUCUAAUCUGCAAAUCUAUCGUACCUACAUAUUCUCCCAUCGUAAAAUAACCACCUUUAAAAUCUAUAUGUGUUAUGAGCCGUUGGACUUGUUGGAAACCAAAAUACGCGUAGGCAACAUUCAACUAGAGUCAAAAUACGCACCUCCCUCACCUUUAAAGACUGCUUUUGCUGAGCUGUUGGACUUUCAACUUAAACUUAAUCUGCCGCUGAAUCUGGAUCGGCUGUUGGACGGCAAUGAUGUGGCAGAUCUUGUCAAAUUUCUAAAACACAUCGAUGGAGUUUGUUUGCAAACCACUAACAUAUGCAGGAAACUGCUCUUAACCAUAAUUACAGCAAAUGCGCGCCUAAUCAGUGAUUCCAAUCGGAUUAUCGUGAGAAAAACUGUGCGCAGAUCAGUUAAGAAAGAGGAUGAGGCAUAUGCGCGCACAGAGAGAAUCCAUUUUAAUAUUCAAAUUGGUAAUGUUCAGGAGAUCUCAUUUGAGGAUAUUUUGCAGCCGCCGCUGCAUCAAUUCGAUGAGAAGAUUCGAUUUUUGCCUAGGGGCAUAGAGUUUUUGAAAGCCUUCUUGCAUAGCCCCGAACAAUAUUUAAAACACAACGUCGACUACAAUAAAUAAUAUUCCAGUGCGGAUGUUUCGAUGAGCCAGCAAUAUAACCAAAAUAUCUUAUAUAUAUUAUCGUCAAGAUAAAUGUAUAAUUUUAUAUAUCAAUGAUAAGCACUU